GUACAACUUCAGUGAACAUUGCCUGCCCAGCUUAUCUGAAAAUACACUCAGAGCAAAAUGUCAGCCAGCAAUGCCGUAUCAGUUACACCUUGGGGAGGUAAGGGUGGAUCCCAACCCUGGGAAUUCAUAUUACCUGAUGGUGCUAGGCUUAUCGGGAUCUCUGUAAGAAGUGGAGUUGUUCUAGAUUCCAUCUCCUUCACUUACAAGAAUCAGGAAGGCACCCAGACUACUCGACCAUUCGGUGGCACCGGUGGCGCACCUUACGAGACUGAGACCUUCUCUAACGAUGAGUUUGUCAUUGGGAUUAGUGGACGUGUCGGAUCACUUAACGAUCUCACUGUGAUUACGUCAUUGUCCAUCCAGACCAACGUCAUCACUUAUGGGCCAUACGGCACAAACCCGGGGGUUGAUUUCUCGAUUGGUGUCAAUGAAGGUAAGUUUUUGGGAUUCUAUGGAAGGUGUGGGGCUUAUAUAGACUCUUUGGGUGUCAUUCUUCAGCCGAAAAUAUGAUAGAUAUGUGCAUGAAUGUUGUGUUUGAUGGAAACAAAUAUUGUUAAAUGCAUGGCCGUAUCGUUUCAUCUUCUAAAUGUGGUAUUCAUAUGUAUUUUAUAUGUUUUAAGAUCGUAUCUAGUUUCUUCGAUGUGAGACUAUGGAAAUAAGGUCGGAUACGUAAG